AUGGUGUUACUACAGUACCCACAGCCGCAAUUGCUCUUACUCUGGUGUCUGUUCGGCGAUACUCUGGUGGAUCCCGACAACUUUGCUCCCGAGGCGCACUGCAACUACCUGAACCAAGCCCUUAUGAAGUCAUGGGAAAGACCUGUCUUCCUUAAACUUUGCAGGUGGUUGGACAGGAUUAUUUUAGAGAACAAGCAACCUAACUUCUUAGAGCAUGAAUGUGCAGCAGCAGCGGCUGAUGAAGCUGAGGCUGCAGCAAACAGAGAAGAACUCGAUGAGAUCAUUGGUGCGGCUGAUCCAUCUGGCGCUGCAGAAGACGUUAGCCCCUAUGCACCCCAUGUUCUGAACCAUUCAUCAGCAUCACGAUUCGGCUCCCCUGCAAUUUUUGUGGCUCCAGCCUCUGCUCGCUCACUGUCCCAUUCCUCGGUCGGUCUCCAUACUUCUCACAGCACAUUGCCUUCGAAUGAAGUGCCACGUGCACCUGCCACCGCAUCACCACUGUCUCAGUCGUCCAUAUAG